GAAGACUCUCUCUCUGUGUCUCAGUGUCUCAGUGUCUCUCUGAAGAAGCCACAUCGUCUGUGGAUCUGCUGAUGAUUUGUCUCUCUGCUAUGACCUCCACGUCUUCUUCUUCAUAUUCAUCACUUGUUUCCACGCGACUUUAAUCUUCACCGUCCUCGCGCUUCGUGACGUCGUGACACCGGUGAAUCCACUUUUCUAACCCACAACAGAGCUGCGUGUGUCGGUGAAAAAUGCCUGAGGACGUCGGGACAGCCAAACCCGGAGGCGUGAUUGCCUACAUUUCCUCCGGCUCCGCCCCCAGCCCUGACUCCUUCAUGAGCACCAGCCCCAGCAGCGGCUACCUGUCCACAUCGCCGACUCUGCCCCGCCCCUCGCUGCCCAGCCGGGCCGUGGGCAUGUUAGUGGACAUCGCUCCGCCGGCCAAGAGCGGGCUCCAGCGCCUGGACAAGGCCGGCCGCUCGUCCGCUUCUACGAAGAGCAACAUCACCAAAAUCAACGGCAUGGUGCUGCUGUGCAAGGUGUGCGGCGAUGUAGCCUCGGGCUUCCACUACGGCGUCCACGCCUGUGAGGGCUGCAAGGGCUUCUUCAGGAGAAGCAUCCAGCAGAACAUCCAGUACAAGAAGUGUCUAAAGAUGGAGAACUGCACCAUCAUGAGGAUCAACAGGAACCGCUGCCAGCAGUGUCGCUUUAAGAAGUGUCUGGCUGUCGGCAUGUCCAGAGAUGCUGUCCGAUUCGGCCGCAUCCCAAAGAGGGAAAAGCAGAGGAUGCUGCUGGAGAUGCAGAACGCCAUGAACAACAUGAUGAGCAACAACAGCCAGCUGCACAGCAUGCUGCACGGCCACCAGAGCCCGCCACUGCCCAUGGAGGCCAUGACCAGCAACGCCGGCGCCUCGCCUUCCUCGUCCUCUGCUUCCGAUUCCCCGUCCUGCUCCAGCCCGUCCUCGCCGCAGUGCCCCCAGGACACUGAGUCGGUGCUGUCCAUGGACACCAACUCCAGCUCCGCCUCCUCCUGUUCGUCAGACAGUGGCGAGGACGAGGCCGUCGUCACGACCGGCAGGCAGCACCAACGCGCCUUAGCGUUCAGCCAGCAGAGGUCACAGAGGCAAGGCCAGGUCUCGCCGUCCGCCGUCGCCCUGGAGACGCGGUGUGGAAACCGCGCGGAGGAGCAGCCAGAGAGCUGGAACCUGUGGAACAGCAACGGUGUUUACCGGCACAGUUCGUACAGCAACAGCCAACACGUCACCAACGCUGCUUACAGAGACGAGAGGGGCGUUCACCAGCAGCAGCCUCAGCAGCGGCUCAACAGUGCCCCCAGCUGUGAGCUGUCAGAAGACAGCCAAAGACAGCACAGAUUGAACGCACACAUUGCCUCAAAUGUUUAUAAUGGACCGAGCAGCUGUGCGAACAGCAGAGCACACCUGGUCUGCCCAAUGAACACCUCGCCUUACGUGGACCCCCACAAGCCGAGCCAGGAGGUCUGGGAGGAGUUCUCCAUGAGCUUCACCCCCGCUGUGCGCGAGGUGGUCGAGUUCGCUAAGAAAAUCCCCGGCUUCCGCAACCUCCCCGAGCACGACCAGGUCAGCCUCCUGAAGGCCGGAACCUUCGAGGUGCUCAUGGUCCGAUUUGCCUCGCUGUUCAACGUGGUCGAGCGGACGGUGACCUUCCUGAGCGGAAAGUGCUACAGCCUGGACACUCUGCGCACGCUGGGCGCCGGCGAGCUGCUCAACUCCAUGUGCGAGUUCAGCGAGAAGUUGGCGGCGUUGCGGCUCGACGCCAACGAAAUGAGCCUCUUCACCGCCGUGGUGCUCGUCUCAGCCGACCGCUCCGGGAUCCAGGACCUGAACUCGGUGGAAGCCCUGCAGGACAAUCUGAUCCGGGCUCUGCGAGACCUGGUCGUGCAGAACCACGGCGACGCGGCGGCCACCACCUUCACCAAGCUGCUCCUCAAGCUUCCCGAGCUGCGUUCGCUCAACAACAUGCACUCAGAGGAACUGCUCUCCUUCAAAGUUCACCCUUGAAAAGCUUCCUCGGGGGUGAAUCUCCGCCCUCUUCCUUCACACGACUCCACCUCCUCCACCAGGACCUGCCUCUCAGCGCCGCCACCUCCUCGCCCUCUGGACUUGACCAACCCUUAUUCUGCGUGUGUUUCCAGAAUGUAUUUGAAAGUUGUUCAUUUUUUAUUCUAUUUUUUUAAGUUGACGAGGUCGGUAGAAAAGAACCUUUCAGACGUACUGUAUUUAUAGAAGAGAGACACAAACACAUGCAAGCGCUCCUACACCAUACACACACACACACACACAUUAGACCUUUCUAAGAAACGACGAGCAAUUGGUGAAUAUAAUUAUCUUUGAGAUGAUAAUGAAUGUGACAAACAUUUGUGUGGUUAACAUUUUGACUGACAACACGGCAGCAAGAAGAAGGCAAGCUAUCAGGAUAAUCCAAACAAAAAAGAAAGAAUGUGUGACGAUUGCUGCUAAUGCAUGGCUCCUCCCCUUUGCCUCAGAAAGCGUCAGUUUUGGUAGUUUGACCGCGUGUCGCGUUUGUUCUGAUUGUCUCGACGUGUCCGCGCUUGUACACCGCUCCGGUGAUUUCUGGGAGACAUUUGCACGAGUUCUGGAGCAGAAACAACCCACAUAUGAGCGUGAGGCGGCACCAUGUAAAGCUUUUUAUUGUACAUAUAACGACACCCAGGUGUUUUGUUGUCACUUAUGGUUUUUAUGACGCCUUUUUUUUAUUUUCAAAAUGAGAUUUGUUUUGCGUGCGUUUGCUUUCAGCACAGCACUGAACUUGACACUUUGCUUUUGUCUGUUCACUUUGUUGGAAUUUAUGUUUCUUCUACUGGCAACAUGAAUGCCACAUGUAAAUAUCUACAUAAAUAUAUAUAUAUAAAUAUAAAUAUCUGAUGAACAUAGAAUAUAAAAUGGUAUAGUAUGAAUAAAUUCAAGUGAAAAGUA